AUAAUACUUUCUACAAUAUUUUAUUACUGCAUACAAUACUAAUAAUAAUUAUAAUAUUCACAUAGUGAUAACUAGAGAAUUAAUAUAUCAACAGUAAUAAUUAAAAUGUGUACAUUCUAUACACAUAGGUGCGUUUUUGUUAGUCGAAUCUCUACUUUUUUCAUGAAUAAUUUUCAGAAUGCGCGGAUUGCGUAUCGUUAAUUAAUUAAUCGUUCAGCAAACUCAUCAGUCGCGUAUUCAAUUGAUUAAUAAUAACGCGCGGUUUCGAGGAUACGGUAUCCGCGUUGUUCGCUCGUGAGAUACCUACCGAAUCGAGUGCAUCGCUGAAGUGCGCUUCGUCCCGCUAAACCCGGCGAAAUCCUUCAUUAGUCCGUGCGACGAUCCGCUCGAGCGUGUUCAUUCGAGCGUGACGCGCGACGCUCCAGCAUCCAGCGCGGUCCACUACCAUGGUCCAAUGGUCUUUGGUAGUUUCUUAUCCCGCAGCGCGCUCAUGUCUUCCUGAAUAAUUUCCUAAACCAGUAUACGCGGAAACCAGAUCGAGAUCGAGAUCCAAAUACUAAAAUCUGGCGUAGACGAAUCUCGAAUGACGUUUGAUCGCCGCUGCAAAAUUUCAAAGUUAAAUGGACUAGAACAUCGUAUAACUCUACCAAGUAACGAAAAGAUAGGGCACGUUUAUAUCCGCUGAAAUUAUUAUUUAAGAACUUUAGUGAUUGAAGUUUGCGUUUCCCCGUUUUAUUUCUCUUCCUUGCGGCGAUCGAGUUUGCAUAACUCGCAUCAGCGUGUCCGGCAAUCGAAAUGCCAGAUAAUAGAAAGCCAAUGUAAUAUGGAUUGUAUCCGUGUAUCUGCAUUGUACUGUACGCACAAUGACAUGAAAUAUUAUUAUGAUACGCGCAUUAUUACAGAAAAUCGUCUGUCUGCCUUUCGUCUGUCUUUCUUAGUUAGAAACGUAAAACUUGAAAACUUUAAUUCUAUCUCGAUGCAAACGUUUUCUUUACUUCUUUACGAAGGAAUUUUCGCACAAAUUAAAAAGAAAAAAAAAAAGGUAAUUUUGGACAAAAUAAGUAGCAGCAGGUGCUUUUCCCGCGUGGAAAAAAAACAAAUGUCUACUUAUGUCUGGCAAUCUCUCGUGCGUUUAUCUCACUCUCAAUGAAACAGGUAACUCGCUAUUUCUAGAUCUAAUAAUUUCGCUCUCCAUCGAACAGUUAUGUAAUUGGUGCAGGUAGCAUUGCCGAUCGUGCUGUGCGUGUAUGCUCCUCUUAGGUAAUAACAAUCAAUCAGGUUCCUCGAGUGUAAGGCAGAGCGGGAUGGAAAGUAGUCUCUCUCUCUCUCUCUCUCUCUCUCUCUCUCUCUCUCUUUCUCUCGGUACGUUUAUUUCGUCUUCCAGCGGCAUGACUCGAGUUAUCGUCCUUGGAUACGACCGUCAUUUCGGAGUAAAGUGUAAUCAACCGCGACGGAUAAUACCUCCUUGAUCCGACGCCGCCGCUACGAAUGGAGAGAGCGUCCCCUUGAACUCUGAGGCGAGAGAGGAAAGUUCGCCGUCGUCGUCGUUGUCGUCGGAUAAAGUGAAAAAUCGACGCGGAUCAGCGCGGGGGCACACUUUCCUCGGUGUGCUUUCGAUUGAUUUUAAAGUGCGCGAGACGUCGCCGUCCGAGAAAAAGGCGCGCCGACAUUGUCCGCGGCGCGGCAGGCACCUCACGACUUAUCGUAAAUCGCGAGAAAGAAAAAUAGCAUUCCCGCUUUGCGCGCGCGGCGCGGCACGAUGGCCCGCUUUUCACACACAUUCCGGAGUUGCUCCGUGAGGAGUAUGAUAUCAUGAAUAACGAUUUCGGGCAUGCAACACUGGCAAGCGUGUCCGCGCGAAUAACUGCGCUGUUGUCCAUAAAAAAAAAUUUUAAUUUGUCUCUUUCAGCGAAUAAAGGUUAGUUAGAAAUUAAUGAAGAUGAACGUGAUUUUCGGAUAAUGAUUACGGAGAUACACGUAGAAAGAUAUUUAUUCUAUUACCAAUAAAAACAAUUACUCAAUUUACUUUUUUCCUUUAAAUAAAUAACGGUUAUCUUUAACUGUUAUCAAGCAUAUUUUCUUGAUAAUAGUCUUAAAAUAUACUUAUCACAAAUUUUAGAAAAACUCAUUAUCAUAUACUUGAAAAAAGAAUUUAUACUUUUUCGAAGAAUAUUGUAAAAUUGAAUUGAAGGAAAGUUAAGGUAAUAAAUAAAUCCAAUUUUUAUUUCAACUUAAUAUUCUUAAUAACAGUAAGUUAAUUCUCCGACCGAUAAAUGUUUUAAACAUAUGAGAUAAAGUUAAGAUUGCUUAUUCGAUCUGCAGCGGAUUUUGGUGCUGAAUACAAUUUUUCUGUUAAUUUAAUGUUCUUAGCUCUCCUAUAAACUGCUUAUAUAAGCUUAGUAAUUGUGUUUCAAGACUGACGAAAAUUGUCGGCGCCUAGUUUACAGCUAAGAAUAUUAAAUUAAUAGACAAAUUAUAUUCAGUAUCAAAAUCCGUUGCAGACUGAAUAGGCGAUCUUAACUUUACUCAUACGUUCAAUAUUCUUUAUAAAAGUAUUAAAUUACUAGAAUUUAGAAUACAUUUUGUUACUUGUGACGAACUUAUAGAUUUCCGGAUAUGUAAACUUAUAAAUUAUUUAAAAUAAAUGAUACUUUUAAUCCAACUACACAUUCUUCUGUGUGUACACAGAAGUUUAUUUUAAGUAUAUCUCACUUGUUUAUAAAUUAUGAAUAUAUUUUAAGACUAUUUAUCAAGAAGAUAUUCUUUGUAAAGAUAACCGUUACUUAAAACAAGAAAACUAAAAUAACAUACUGCUUUUCUUAGCAUGAGAAUAAAUUUUUCUGCAUGUAUAAUCGCUUCUCUUAUCUAGAAUUUGUCUCGCAAUUUUCCUAUUUCGAACAUGUCAGAUAAUUCUGUAGCCAGCAAGUGUCAUUAUUCUCAGAUAUCGCAAAUCUGUCGAAGUCAGGUCCAUUUGAAAUUCAAUGAAGGGCAAUCUUUCGCCGCGUGUGCGCUCGCACGUAAUUUAACUUUCGAAGAGCGCUCUUUAUUUACGGUCGAUCAUAACUUAGGGAACAUUGGCUCCUCUCGAUAUUUUUGCUUUAUUAAGGAAAGACUCCCAAAUUGGUCUCGAAGUAUUUCGCAUAUAGGUAUAUAUCGAUGCGAACAUUGGAAACACUGGCUUGCGACCCUGCUGGCACACGAAACGAAAUUCUCUUAAAUACUGGCCUGUCCGCUGCAGUUUUCAGCCCGAGGCCUCCUAAGGUCGGUCGGCGCAAACCAAUGCGACAUCCGCGCGAUCGAUUAUUUCGACAGCUGUAGUAAAACAAUCGGCUUUCACGGCUUUCGGCCGGAGUCAUUAGGAAUCGCUUUAUCGUGAUAUAAACGGGGCCAAGGCUGAGACGCAAAACGCGCGAGAAUGGUAUGGCGCUUUCAGGAUUCGGUGAAUUUGCGAAUCACUCGCGGGGAAAGAGAAAUGGAACAUUCGACGGUAUACCACAAUACGCGAAAUAACAGGCGUGCAAUACAUCACGCGGAAGGUUGCGCAAGAAAGCGGACCCGAUGACAGGCUAGCCAUUUAUAUAAAUCGACGUGGAACAGUCUACGUCAAUGACACAAUUCAUACGCGAUACCUACGUAAUUUUGUUACUUGACGAUUGCCUUUGACGUUGGAUACUUCCUUUCACUUUUACAUUCUGUCAAGUUUGGACUACAGCAAUAUUCUCCCCCUCCACCACGCUCUUCUAUCUUUCGUGUGCAUAUAAUCGAAAGUACCAAUAAUCUUUCCCAAACCCAAAUCGUUUGCUCCCGCCGACAUCGCUCACGAAAGUCGUAAAGACGAAGGCAAGGGUCUAGAGUGCGAAGAUACGGAAAAAAACAAAGUAGGAAAAGAGUCGCCUUUAGACGAGACGGCGCCGACGGUUAUUAUCUUUUCCCUAUACGACAAACAAGUUGUGCAGCGUAACGGUCCAGAAACGCAAUAAGAGGAGCGAAAACAUUCGGCGAAAUUCGCAUUUAAGUAAGCGCAAGUGUUAAUGAAGACUACCAUAUGAUUCGCAAGCUGACCGGAUUCCUGCUUGAUGUGUAUGUCCCCUUGGUAUCGAUUGUCAUUAAAGUAAAAUUAAUCUUGUAAUAUGACAGACGCAAAUUAGCGGCCAGAGGUGAACCGACGAACGAAAGUAGACGCCGAAGACUUUCUUGUCUCUUGGCACGCUUAAUAAUGUUAUGCAAAUGUCAAUGUGAUGAAACUGUACUGCCAUCACUUGCGAAAAAGCUCAUUAUGCGAACGGAUAAAUUCUAUGGCCCGUCACGGUGAAAUCUGUGUGGUGUUAUUAUCUGGAUUCGCGAUUGCGCUAUCGCGCUUGUUGUACCGGCUGAUUGAUCUUCUUAUACUUCACUAGAUAUAUCGUUUCGCGCUAUAUCCAAUUGAAAGUAAAGCGACCAAUUAGAUUUUAAAAGCCACGAUAUAAAACAUGUAAUAUCAGAAUGAAUAAAAAAUAUGAUGUGAAAAAGUCACUUUCUGAAUUGCUGCGUUAUAAUUCGAUGGAAUAGAAGUUGCGUGUCUGCACUCCGCUUAAAAAGAUUCUAUCUAGAACAACAGAUUUUUAAUUAUUUUUGAAAGGCAAUGGCAAAGCACUAAGAUUAUCAAGACAGCCAGAUACAUGGAGCUUGCAUGAGCUUGCAUUAAAUGGAGAUCACGAUUGUCAAUCGUGCGAACUUUGAGAAAGAAUUAUAGUUAAGUCAUCGUUACGAUUGAAAAAUUAAGUUUUACAAUUAUUAAUUGCUCUUUCCUAUUCUUUAAAAAUCAUGAAAGAUGCUUUAUUUUGCUUUUAGUGUGUCUUCGUACAAUUCAAAAAUUUUAAUCCACACUUUUGAUUGAUUUUCGUAGAAAACUACCUUACUGUGUUAACAAAUUUUUAUGCAAUUAUAACAAAUAUAAUCGCUAAUUUUAUUCAGCUGCAAAACUCUGCUUUAACAUAGAAAACUGGCUGUCCGGAUAGAUCUGCCGAACCAGAGAAGUUUCUUUUAGUACAUUGUUUUAACAAAUCUUUUUUUUUCCGCACAGUUGUAAAAUGCGCACAGGUAAAAUUUUUACACUGAGAAAUUCGUCGUGAAUUUUGAAAGGCAACGCGCCAAGAUGAAAUAAUCUCACUGUCGGCUUUCAACGAACUCCACGAAAGGUCCAUGAACUUAUCGCGAAUGUCAUAAUAGUACAGGUGCAUCUUCGGCCCCUUCGAACGCCCGAGGAUCUAAAGCUCAGGCCGCCGGAGCCCAUUACGAUGCGGUCCAUCGAGGAGCAAGCGGUGCACCGAAGGGGGUCCAGAGGUGAAGGAAGUAAGGUUUCCUCGCGCUGCUACACGGCAAGCGGGGUGACGGUGGUCAGUGGCCGUGCUGAAAGCGAAAGGACGUCCGUCCGCUCCGGUCGAGAAAGGGGGGUAUAAACCCAAGAGAGUAGGUACACGGCUAUGUGCAGCGGACACUUAGCCAUUCCUUCCUCGCGCGUUCGAGGCGCGUUCAUCAGCGUAGCAGCAGCGGGGCAGGUCGGCCUGAAAUCGAUUCAGCCGCGAGGGGGGACGCGGACGUGUUUCAGGCCUCUCCGCAGGAGAGUCUCCCUCCUCCCUUCGCGGGGAGGGAAAACGCAGGUGCGUGUACCGAAAGUGGCGAACGCGAGCGAUCAACAUCCAGCGGCCAAUGCCAGUCACUCGUGAAACGUGAAACGCGAAACUGGGCGAAAGUUUCGUGCCGUGCCCACCGUGGUGGACAGCGAAGGAGAAAGAGAAAGAGAGGGAGAGAGAGAGAGAGAGAGAGAGAAAGAGGGUAAUACACUCGGAGGAAUCCCAGAGGAGAUUUCAUUCGACAGACGGCCGCGUCGAGUACGUGCGCUCGCUUCCAUUAUCCAUCGGAACGGGAGUUACGAUCGAGAGUGUCGCGCGGAGUGUCCUCGGAGAGUGCACGCGAGACCUUGGGUUUCCGGUGCGACCGAAGGAACGGGCUCCUCGGAGCCGCCCCAGAGCUUCCGCCGGCGAAGGUUGACCGAGGGAUGUGCGAGGCUACAACGUGACUGACGCGCAGAGACCGGAAGCAGAGGAAGCCCAAAAAUGUCACCGCGAAGGAGGACGUCUACCUUUCCACCGCCUCAUUUCUGGCUGAUCACGGUGGUUCUGCUGAUCUUCCCCGGCCACGUUCAGCGUGUAACAGGAUGUCAGUUCUAUCCUGUCGGGGAGUACCUGAAAUUCGUGAGGGUACCGGAGAAUCUCGGAACGGGGACUGAAAUUCUUUCACUGGAGGCACAUCCGAGAAAUCGGCUCGCCAUUAAGCCGGUCGACAAGGAGGAGGACGCCGGCUUCUUCGCCUACAAGGAAACGAACGAGACGCACGUUUCCCUAAUUCUGGCGCAAUCUCUGGAGGACCUGGUGGACGCGGAGUCGCCGAGGAACCUAUUAAAAUUUCGAGUCUCCUGCGACUCGGGCUCUGGUGACACGCUGGUAUCGUCGCAUUUGUCGGUGACGAUCUACGUGGAGGAUAUAAACGACCACGCGCCACAAUUUGUCGAUGCGCCUUAUCACGUGACGGUGGACGAGCUCACGCCAGUCGGUGUGACGAUAUUUCGCGGAAUCCACGCGGUGGAUGGCGACAAGCCAAACACGCCGAACAGCGACGUCUAUUACGCUAUCGUGAAGGGGAACGAGCAAGGGAAAUUUUCCCUCGAGUCCGGGCACAGGACCGCCCUGAUACUCCGAAAGCCGGUCGACUACGACAGCGGAGAUCGCGAAUUCACCUUGGUCAUUACUGCGACCGAUCGCGGCGUCCCCGCCAGGAGCACGAAUAGCACCGUGAAGAUUACCGUGGUGGACAAUGAUGAUCUUGAUCCGAAAUUCACGCGGGACAUCUACAAGGCGAAAAUUUACGAAUUUUAUCCUAUGCCGGACUAUCCAAUCUUCUCAGAGAUCAACUUUACCAAUCCGAUUCACGCGGCCGAUCGCGAUCGCGACAUAAAUGUGCCAGUACGAUACGACAUAAUAUCCGGGAACGAGAGAGGUUUCUUCCAACUCGACCCGAAGAACGGUUCGCUCUUCCUGAAACGCGCGAUCGAUCUGGACGCAGAGCGGAGCUUGCCGGGCAAUACGUUCAAUCUACAGAUUCACGCAUCGCAGGUGGACAACCCGUUGAAGAUGACCGUAACGCGGGUAGAGGUGGAAGUGCUGGACCUGAACGACAAUCUGCCACAGUUUGAGGUCGAUCUUUACAACAUCAGCAUCGUGGAAAAUCUGCCGAACGGCUUCAGCGUGCUGCAGGUGAUCGCGCGCGACAAGGACCAGGGCGAGAACGGGGAGUUCGAUUAUCGGCUGGAGGAUCCGUCGGGCGCCUUCUCCGUGGACCCGGCGUCCGGCUGGCUUACUGUAAAGGAUCAGACGGUUCUGGACCGCGAGAAGCGCGAUCAUUUGAAGAUGAAGGUCUACGCUGUGGAGCACAGGCCGAGCGUCAUCGUGACGAGCAACGGAUCGAAGGGAUCUUCCGUGGAUGUUGAGAUCAGUCUCCUCGACGCCAACGACAACAAUCCCAUCUUCGUGCCGGGCAAUCUCUACGAGUUGGUGACGAGGAGUGACGUGAAGGUUGGAACGGUGUUGGGCCAGGUGCACGCGGUGGACGACGAUCUAGGUCCCAACGGAUUGGUCCGCUAUCGAUUGCAGAAGCCUGGGAACUCUACGAUUCGAAAACCGCCGUUCACAGUGGACGAGGGCACGGGCCUGAUCACGGUGUCGGAGAGCCCGAUACUCGAGGGUAGACACGCGAUUUUCGUGGAGGCGGCUGAUCAGCCGGCGAAUCCCAGUGAGAGAAGAUUCUCCUUAGCGGUUGUCACAGUGGACGUUUUUCGAGCGGACGGUCCAAAUUCGUGGGAGCCAGAUUUCGUCGGCGCGCCCUACGAGUUCUGGGUCGGUGCGAACGUGCCCGUGGGUACCAGCGUCGGGCAGAUUCGCCUAAACGACGCCGUCAAAACCAACGACCUUAUCUACGAUCUUCUGCACGGUUACGAGGAGGGAGUUCCAUUUGCCGUGGAGGAGCGCUCGGGCACGAUAACGGUCGUGGAGGAGAUCGAGCGCUUCGACCGUUCCAUAUACGACUUCGAGGCGAUCGUCACCGACGAGAGGGAGCUGACGCUGAUCACGAACGUUUCGAUCCACGUGGUGGAUCCGAGCGACGACCGGGGUAUCUUUACAAAGGGAACGACCACGGCUCCUCUGAUUUUCCAUGUGAGGGAGAACGUUCCUGGCGCAUUGAUCGGCCAAGUGCUUCCGCACAAUGGUACAACGGCGUCUAUGUCCGGCACUCAGUUUCUUAUCGUCAAUCAGCAGGAUGUGCCUGACAUCGCCAUCAUGGACGACGGUUCUCUUUACGCUCCUCAGGGUUUGGAUCGCGAGACGCGGGAGAACUACAGCAUCACCGUGAUUGCCGAGAGUUUGCGCGGCGUGGGCGUGUUUCAGGUGCGAAUAAUCGUGGACGACGAAAAUGAUCACGCACCGGAAUUCACGUCGGCCGCCUACGAAGGCCGGAUUAUGGAGAACAGUCCUGCGGGAACGGAAGUUACUUUAACAAAUCCGAUUGCGGCGAGCGAUAAAGACGAGGGCGAAAAUCGGGACUUUACGUUUACAUUGCGGGGCGACGAGAGCGAUCUGUUCAGGAUAGAUCCGAUAACGGGCCGGGUGUACUUCGUGGGUAUCGACGGCAGGACCUUGGAUCGCGAGACAAGGGCGAGCUAUGAAUUCCAAGUUAUCGCCACUGACAGCGGUGGUCUACAGUCGGAAAGCACUCUGAGAAUAAUGGUGCUCGACGUGAAUGAUAACCCUCCGAAGUUCAUACGGAUGGUAGUCCUGCCGGAUCAGGGAGUGCGGGUAUCGUAUAAUCCGAGUGACGAUACGAAUUCUGCCGAGAAGGACGAGGUAGGGGAUGGAGGAUCCGAAAAUUCGGUGGACGCUGGGCGGCGCUCGCCGUUACUGUUGGUGCCGGAAAACACGACGAUUGGCGUGCCGAUAAUACGUCUGCUGGCGGACGACAAGGACGAAGGCGCGAACGCGGCGAUAACGUACAGUCUGGGCAACGAGACCGCUUCCAUCGGGGUUCGAUCGCGUCGUUACGACGCGACUAGUCGCCGUUACUUCCAUCUCGAUUCGCGUACGGCCGAGAUAUCCGUCGCCCGGGGUCUCCCGCCGGAGAAGGACAUCCGGCUGUUCGUCCUGGCGAGGGACUCCGACGGUCUCGCGGAUAACAUCACCGUCAGGAUUCACGUGACAGACGUGAACGACCACGCACCCGUCUUUGACAAGUCUUGGUACACCUUCGACGUGGCCGAGGGCGUUUACUCGAAUCACGUUGUCGGUACGGUGCAAGCGCUCGAUGCCGACUUCGGCGAGAACUCCAAUCUCAGUUACGAGCUGGUUACCAGCCACGAGGACUCGAAGCGAAUUGGCAACGCGUCGCGUUUGUUCGAGGUGGAUCCACACGAGGGAGCGAUACGAGUGAGCGGGGCUCUCGAUCGAGAAAGAGCCACGACUCAUCGUCUCCUCGUGAUCGCUCGCGAUCAGGGUCUACCGAGUCUAAGCUCCUCCGUGGAAGUGGAGAUAAACGUGUUGGACGUGAAUGACAACGCGCCGAUGUUCCACGGCUACGACGAGUUAGACGAGGACGGUCGAUAUCCGGUCUACCGGGUCUCCGUCCUGGAGAGUAGUCCAGUUGGCACGCAAAUCGCCAAGGUGUACGCAAACGACAGCGAUUUCGCUGGCAAUGGGAACGGACUGAUUCUGUUCGAUCUGAACUAUCAGGAUCACGCAGACAAACAGUAUUUCGCGGUGGACAGCAAGGAGGGUGUCAUCACGACUAUCGCCAAGCUCGACUACGAGACCAAGAACAAUCAUCGUUUGAUCGUCACGGCGAGUGAUCUCGGCUCACCGAUCAGUUUGACCUCUUCGGCCAUGGUCCUUGUUACGGUGUUGAACGUUGACGACGAUGACGAGGAGACGGACAAUGAGGUACUCAAGAUGCCAACUUUCCGACAUCGAUAUUACGAAGUGGAGAUCGACGAGAACGCUUCCGUGCCGUUGCUGAUCGCACAGCUCGAGCUCACCGAUGAUCGUCACAGCGAAUACAUAAGAUAUAGCGUCGUGGCUGACGGUUCUGACAGCCGGCAGCAUUUCUCGGUCGAUCCUAAGAACGGCUCCCUGUACCUGAUGACGGAGAUCGAUCGGGAGGCCAGAGAUCGGUACGAAGUAAAGGUCAGGGUCGACCGACUGAAGCUCGGCCGUGACAUGCCGGUUAUGAUCUACCCGGUCGUUGGCGAGAGGCUGAAUGGACUGGCGCCUAACGAAGCCAGAGUGGUCGUCAGAGUGAAGGACGUGAACGACAACGCGCCCAGAUUCAAGACAAAGGACAGGCCCAUCCUCGCCGCUAUACCCGCCACUGCUCAUUACGGUUACGAGGUCGUCAAAGUGGAGGCCGAGGAUCCGGACCUGGGAAUAAAUGGUGAGAUACGCUACCAAAUUCUUGGCCGGGAAGACGCUCCGCGUUUCGCCAUUGACCCACUCAGCGGUCAAGUGCGAUCCGUGGCGAGUUUUGGCCGCGACGCUGGCCGCGUCUUCGGUUUCGACGUCAAGGCCACUGACAGACAGGGCGCCGAGAGCGGGCGCAGCAGCAUCGCCAACGUUUUCGUAUACGUGUUAGACGAUCAGAAGCAAGUUGUCAUGGUCAUGGGCCGGAAGCCUAUCGAGAUCGAGCCGGAGCUCGAGAACAUCACCAUCGCGUUGCAGAAUCUCACCGGGUUGGACGUGCGGGUGAGGAAGCUGGAACCUCACAUCGAGAAGAACUUGAUCGACGGAGCCUCUACUGACGUUUACUUGUACGCGAUUGACCCUCAUCUGAACGUUAUGGUAGACAUGGAAACUUUGCACAGCGUUUUUAAUAACAAGAAAACGGACAUAAAACGUGAACUGGAUGAAUAUCGUGUACUGGAAAUCGCUGGUAACGCUCCACGUAGAAGCAGCCAGCGUUACUUGCUGUCCACCCUUGAAGUCGGCGUUGUGGUGCUCGGCUGCGUCGUCUUCGUAGGCGCCCUCGUGACCGCCCUAUGUGUUACCUGCGUUCGUCGCAACAAACGUCGUAGACGACGUGACAAGGCCAUGUUUUCGACGGUCGGCCCAGUCGGAUUUGCUCUGACGGACCCCGCCGGCACUCUGCAAAAGCCGCCGCUCUUUCCCACCUUCGUCGACGGUCUCCAUUACGACCCCGAACCCUUCUGCUCCGAGAUGCCCAGGCGACAGAGCAUAUGCGAGCACGGCAACUGUGUCCGCUUUCACACAAUGGGCGGAGGCGGAAAACACGUAGUGAGGUCGACGGGUACCUUGAAAGGCCUCGAGGCAUCUGCGACAUCCUUGCAUUCCAGUGGUCAGGAUUCGGGUAUCGUAGCGCGCGCUUCUUGUCAUUGCAGUCACUCCUCCAGCCCUUCUAGUGGUGAGAGCAGCAACGGGUACGAAGACUCGCUCAAAUCCCUUCAACGUCGGGAGAGAUGCAAUGACGUCUCGCGUGGCAGCCACGAUAUCUCCAGCGUGGUCGGUAGACGCGCAGCAGCGAAACGACGGCAACGCUUCCAUUCCUUCUCGAACGCCGAAUCCGUCUAUACCCACGAGAUGACCCUGCAGCGUGAACAACAGCAGCAACAGCACUGCUGCAUCGGCACCGAGAAGAGACGGAAAGCGGAGCAUCGCCGCGCUCAUUCCGAAGCGGAGAACAAUAUCACCGAGACGGUGAUACACGAGCACCCGGGCACGGAGAUAUCGUUAGCGGGCUCCCUACCGAACACAUCGACCGUUCACGAACCAGCCACAUGCUCUACUAGCGGCGUUGAAUUGUAAAGAAAAGGAGGGAGUUCCAAAGAGCACAUUGGGAUACAACAAAUAUUGCGAAUAUUCGCCAAUUUAAUCCUCCUCUUUGUAAAUUCGCAUAUAAAUUGUAUGUGGCGUGCUCACGACCUGUCAUCUCGUUGCCAAAGUGUUCGUACGUCGUCCACAAAUUCUACAAAUCAGAGGAUCAUUCAUUUUCUGUAAAUACACGGCACCGUCUUUGGUAUUCGAUCUUCCAUGUUCUUUUCGAUUAAGAUAGAUUAGGCGAUGUCGCGGCGGCAAUUAAUACUAAGAUUAUUUAUCGCGCUAAUGAACGUGAGAUGCAAACAUGUAUAAUAUAUUAAUAUAUUGUAUAUUAAUGUAAUUGUUGUAGAUCAUGUACAGAUAUAUUUUGCAAAUAAGUCCUUUUUUUUUUAAUAGAUUGAUCACCCUGAUCAGCUAUAGAGAUCUAUUUAAUAUAUAUGCAAUGUUGUACGUUUGUAAUAUAUAAAAUGUAACAAAGUGUAACAUACGUGUAACUUAUAUCCUAAUCUCGCUGUUGUUUCUUAUUAGGUAAAUAUGUCGUAAAAAGUAUUUAAUGUAAGUAACAAAAUUUUCUUAAUUUCUAUUCUAACACGAAUGUUAGCCAUUAAUUCAUUAAUGGUCAACAUUCAUGAGUCCUACCUUUUUAGGCUAAAAGUUUUAUUAUAAAUGAAAUAAUUUUAAGGUAAUAAAUUACUUUCCUUUGACACUUC